UUUCGGAGAUUCAUUUUUUUUGCUGAAUACAUAACCGUAUUGUUUCCUCCGUCGACUUCGCAUGAACACUUGAGCAAAAAGGUGGGACUCUCUGUUUUGUAGACAUGGCGCAUAUCAACGGGUACGUGGUUGCGGCUGGGGACAAGAAGAAGGCGUCUCAGCCGUCGUGGAACUGGGUGCUUAUAAACGGGACGGGAGAGACUAAGGCGCUUGAUGUCGACAAGUAUGCUGUCAUGCACCGUGUUCAGAUCCACGCUCGUGAUCUCCGGAUUAUUGACCCGAAUCUGUCUUACCCUUCCACUAUUCUUGGCCGAGAGAGAGCCAUUGUGCUCAAUUUAGAGCAUACCAAGGCGAUCAUCACUUCCGAUGAGGUUUUGCUUCGGGAUCCAUCACAUGAAAAUGUUAUCCCCAUUGUGAAGGAGCUUGAAAGACGCUUACCUGUUGGAAACCAAGCACACCAUGGUCAAGGAGAUGGGAAAGAGAGCUCAGCUGCCCAUAAUGACGCUGAUGCUGGUGAAGAAGAUGAAUCCCCAUUUGAAUUCCGUGCACUGGAAGUUUUCUUGGAAGCAAUAUGUAGCUUCUUAGCUGCAAGGACAACAGAGUUAGAAACAACUGCUUAUCCUGCUUUGGAUGAGCUUACCUCAAAGAUUAGUAGCGGUAACUUGGAUAGAGUUAGGAAGUUGAAGAGUGCCACGACUCGAUUGACAGCUCGAGUUCAAAAGGUAAGAGAUGAGCUUGUACAUUUGCUGGAUGAUGACGAUGAUAUGGCCGAUCUUUACCUUUCAAGGAAACUCUCUUGUCCUUGCUCAAUGGCUAGUAGUCCAAAUUGCUAUCUUACUUCCCCAACAAUAGGCUCUAAGAUUUCAAGAGCUAGUGUAGCCACAGUUCGUGAGGAUGAAAAUGAUGUUGAACAACUUGAAAUGUUGCUCGAGGCAUACUUCAUGCAAAUCGACAGCACUUUGAACAAAUUAACAACACUACGUGAGUAUGUCCAAGACACGGAUGAUUACAUUAGCAUUCAGAUGGACAAUCGUCGUAAUGAGCUGAUUCAGUUGGAGGUGGUGUUAGGUUCUGGAACCGUUUGCUCAGCAUUUUACUCUCUUGUCGCUGGAAUUUUCGGGAUGAACAUUCCAUACACGUGGAAUGAUAACCAUGGAUACAUGUUCAAAUGGGUUUGUAUCGUGACGGGGGCAAUUUGUGUGUUCUCGUUAGUAUUCAUAAUGUCGUACGCUCGGUUCAAAGGGCUUAUGGGAUCUUGAUAGGUCUAGAGAGACGUUUUUAGCAUUGAGAAAUUGAGACUUCUAAUUGGAGCUUUUAAACCAGAGUUUUUUUUUAUAAGCCAGCAAGCUUGUGCCAUAUUAUUAGCAUCCUACUAAACUAUGCAACUUUGAUUUUGAGCUUAAAGAAAUUAAAAAUUCUAGCU